AGAGAUUUCUUUCCUUUUUUUUUUUUUUUUUUCUCCCUUUUUUUGUAACUGUGUGUGUGUGUGUGUGCGUACGUGUAUAUGUGUUUGUGUGUGGCGGUUUUGGCAAGCUGCAGUCGGCUUUGCAGAUGCCAUGUUUGAGCAGUGAGCAUGGCGGAAAAUCAUCUGGAGUACGGCUACCUGGAAGGCGAGUCCAUCGGGGAGCAUUUCAGCGAGGACCCGUGUCGUCCACAGUGGCUUCAAGUGCUGGUUUUCGUCCUUGCGACUUAGGAGCUGGCGGCCAUCAAGGCCAGGGUUCAGGAGCUGGAGAUGGAAGAAGAGACCGACAGACUGAAGGAGGAGGAGGAGAGGUGUGAUGCACCAGAGAUGCAGCUGCUGACCAGUAGCCCUCGGCCCGGACCUUUCUACAAUAUGACUCCUGAGGAGAGGAUAGAUGCAGACAACAGAUCAGUUUAUGUUGGAAAUGUAGACUAUGGAGCUACUGCGGAUGAGUUGGAGAUCCAUUUCAACGGCUGUGGGCCUGUCAACCGAGUUACCAUCCUAUGCGACCGGUUCUCCGGCCAUCCCAAGGGCUUUGCUUACAUUGAGUUCUCCGAUCGAGACUCUGUGCAGAGUGCUAUUGGUUUGCAUGAGACGUUGUUCAGAGGAAGGGUCCUCAAGGUAAUGCCUAAGAGGACCAAUAUGCCGGGCAUCAGCACGACAGACAGGGGAGGACACAGAGGAGGCCACUCCAGAGGAAGAGGCAGAGGUUACCGCCCCCCCAGAUAUCAUAACAGCUCACGAGGCAGGUUCCGGUACCAGUCAACCAGGCCACAACAUCAAACACCCCAUCCUUACUAUGGAGGCCCCUCAGUGGGGAAGAGACAGUGGGGACACAUGGACUACCAUGAACAGAUGCCUAAACGUUACCCAUGUCUUCUUCUCAUCACGCCACCAUCGGAGGAGCUGGGGGCAGGGUCGAGCGGACAGCACUAUCCUCAACAGCGCUAGCCCUACCCACAGCGUACAUCCCAAAUGGGUGGAUAGAAGGGAUCAUUUUAACAAAAGUUUCGAGGCAUUACCGAGUAGAGUAUUAUGUGACAGGUACAGAAAGGACAGCAGAGAUGACUCUCUUGAGUUGCACCCCUGCAUCGGGCCUUCAAUUAGGUGAGGAAUGAAGAAUGAAGACUGGGGUCAGAGGUGUUGCAUUAUAAGCUUAUGUUGCUGUGAAUGCAUGGGACAAUCCUCAAAUUGUUAUGCAGUUGCAUCUCUUAAUGUUUUUACAAACUGAUGCGAAUGUUUUGUGUCGCUGCCUGCAAUGUAAUGUAUAAAUCCUCCCAAUGUAUAACUUUGCUAUGUAAGUGAAUAAAUAAAACAAUGAUCUGGUG